UCGUGGGGGCCAGACCUCGGGGCUAGAGGGCAUGCUCUUUUCUGCCGCCUGUGGCUGGCUGGCUGGCUGGUCCGAGCAGCAGGGGUGCGCACCCUGGCUGUUUGAGCCUUGCGGAGCGGGAAGACACCGAGUGUCUGGAGAGGGGGAGACGGGCAGUGCAGGGAGCAAGCAGGCACCCCGAGAGCCCAGAUGCCAACCUAGCGGGAGCGCGGGCGCCCUGACGGCCAGCGAACUUUCCUUUCUCCGGUCAUUGUUAGAACAUUGCGAGUGGUCGCAGCCGCCAAGCGCCCUACGGUCCUGGGGGUCGGAGAAUCGCCGGGGCUUUGCCAAUUACGGGGAGAUUUUUUUUUCUGCCACCGGGCAUGGCACAGUUGUUAACUUUUCUCCAGCUCUUGAGUUCGUUUUAUUACCUCCUCUUAGGGGGGCACAUUUAUUUGUUUAUUUAUUUAUCUAUCUAUUUAUUUGAUCCCCCAAUCUUUUCCUCCUGCAUUUCAGAGCAGAGCCUUGGCUUUGGUGGAGUCUGGCUUUAAAUUACACAGGGCAACCUGCGCUCAUUAUUUGUCAGGAAGAAAGUGAGGUGGGAUCUCAGAUGAGUGUCCUCAAUGGUGGUAUGUGAAGACAUGCUUAAGAGUUUAUCUCUGUGCAGCCCUAGGACAUAUAUAGGGAUUGGGCAAGAAACUUGUUUGGCUACUCCAUUGGCGUUCUGAGUUGGAAGGAACUCUUGUGUUCUGAGGUGUGUGCAAGGGUCGACCCCUACCUUGUGAGAUGCACUCAUCUCUGAAGCUGAGGGUGAGAACCCCACCCUCUACGCUCCACAGUUUGGUUGUACAAGAAAUCAAAACCGUGGUGACUGUGAUUCCAGUGUCCUAGACAGAAAGGCGACUUCAUUCCCUCCAUUCAGUCAGAUAAAGAUAAAUGCUACUCCCUAAACUCUGAAAAGUAAUGAAAAAAAGUAGGUAAAAACUGGUUGCACAACAUCGUUGCCUAGUUCAUGCUAACCAGAAUCCACUUUCCCAGAGUACUUCUUAAAUACCUUGCCUGCAGCCACUUCUUGUCAGCCUUGGGGGUUGGAGAAUGGGGGUGGGGAGAAGAGCAGAGUCCACUUGAAACAAAGCAUUGUGUUUUAUUUAGUUUAGUAUUUCUAUAACAUCUGUAAUGGUGGGAACAGAGCCUGGCCUUUGUACCCUUUGAAUAGUGUAGUUCUCACAUUAUGGGUAAGUAAAAAUGUUUUUUUUCUUUUUUGUUUAACCUUAAGAGUAUCCUUCCAUAAUUAUCGUUUUCUUUUUUAUCUAAGGUGAGCUCUGAGUUUAAAUACUUGAAUUAUUAGAGGAUAAACUCUCACUUCGAGGAUUACAGAAGUUGGGGGGUGCUGUUCAUAUUAAGCUGGGGAGUGCCCAGUUCAUGUUAAGUUCUCAACAUCAGGCAGUUCAAAGUGAAGGGAUCGGGAACGACUUGGAAACAGCUUUCAGGGCACAUGUGAAUCACUUUCUAGCUUGUAGAGGUCUUUCCAUAGACAAAAGGAAACUUACCUGAUCCAAUCUGCCAGACUUGGGAAAGGGAAGUGAAGAAUCCAGUAUCAUACUGUGAAGUGAGUGGCCAACGUCCACCAACUUGGAGCAUCAGGCUUUGACCUUGUUCUGGAAGAUCUCAAAGAUGAUGUGAAAACCUUAACUGGCGGUGUAAACAUACCUGUGAAUUCUUGGAUGCACCAUGAUGAAACGUCAGAGACCUACCAGCAGUAGUGAGAGUUCAGAUGAGUGUCCUUCCACUUCCUUUACUUCUCACCCAAUGUAUAGGAAAAAGUCAAAAAAUCCUAAGGAACAUAAGAAGUCUGCAGAGGUAUUCCGAAAGGACCUCAUCAGUGCCAUGAAAAUUCCUGACUCUCACCAUGUUAAUCCUGACAGCUAUUACCUCUUUACUGACACAUGGAAAGAAGAAUGGGAAAAGGGAGUUCAAGUACCAGCCAAUCCAGACUCUGUUCCAACACCUUCUCUCAGGAUUAUAUCUGAAAAAGUAAAAGAAGUUCUCUUUGUCCGGCCCCGGAAAUAUAUCCGUUGCUCCAUUCCAGAGGCUGCAGAGCCUGGCUAUAUAAAUACCCUAGAGCUGGCAGCAUCUACAUGCCGCUAUGACCUAGAUGACAUGGAUACCUUUUGGCUUCAGGAACUCAAUGAAGACCUUGAAGAAAUGGGUUAUGGGCCAAUCGAUGAUCAAUGAGACUCUUAUGGAAAAGACAAUAGAGGUUCUGGAACGCCACUGCCAUGAAAAUAUGAACCAUGCUAUUGAGACAGAAGAAGGACUAGGAAUAGAGUAUGAUGAAGAUGUGAUCUGUGAUGUGUGCCAGUCUCCAGACAGUGAAGAGGGGAAUGAUAUGGUAUUCUGUGAUAAGUGUAACGUCUGUGUGCAUCAG